CCCCUAAAUACAGACUUUACUUUAUCUUCCCGCUGGCAUCUCUCCUGCAUCACAGAAAAACACAGCACGAAAAAAAGAGAGAAAACAAAAAACUAAAAAACAGAAAGAAAUGGACCAUGAUGGUAUGAACCAUGGGGGUAUGCAAAUGAAUAAUGAAUCAAUAGGUAUGAGCAAGAAGAAUCCGAUGAUGAUGCAUAUGUCAUUUUACUGGGGUGAUUAUGCAACAGUUUUAUUCAAUGAUUGGCCAGGGAAUAGUACUGGUAUGUAUAUUUUGUCUUUGGUUAUGGUGUUUGUGUUGUCUUUGCUUGUAGAAAGGCUUGGUAAUUGUUCAAUCGUUAAAGCUGAUUCUGCUCAUGUUGCUGCUGGAAUUGUAAGGAGUAUAGUUCAUACAGUUAGGGUUGGAUUAGCUUACUUGGUUAUGCUUGCUGUUAUGUCUUUUAAUGGUGGUAUUUUCAUUGCUGCUGUUCUUGGGCAUGGUUUAGGGUAUUUUGCAUUUGGAUCACAGGUUUUUAUCAAGACUGAUAAUAAGAAUAAAACUACUCCUGAUUCGGUUUGUGCAGCAUGAGUAGGAGAUCGCUGGAGUGGUUUUGUGUUGAAAAUACUAUUAAAUGGUUAGAAAUUAAUGUUUGUAAUGAUAUGAUAAAUUAAUAAGAACUGUUGUUUUAUACAAUUAGUUAAAUUAAAUCCAAUCUUACGUUCUGAGUUUAA